GCGUAAGUUAUGAUAUCGGAAGUUAUAAAAAGUGAUUAUUUAUUAUGUUAUUAUAUAUUUCCUCCUGUAUCACAGCCAUGUUGAAGUAGUGUUGAUUUCAAUAAGUUUUCGUCAGUUAUCGUUUACUAGAAAGUUAAAAGUUUUCACGAAUGUAUGUGACAGACCUGAGUUUCGUUUUGUGUUGUGAAUAAAAAGUUAAAAAGUCGUAAAAAUGAAAAGUGUAAAGUGCCACCGAAACUGGCUUCGAGGCGUCCACUCUAAGGCAUGGAUUCAGAAGAUUCUAGAGAUGCUGGUGAUACACAAUCAACCUCAAGCAGUAGUAGUUCAAGUUCUAAGAGUAGAAGCAGGAGAAGUUCAUCAUCAGGGAGUUCUAAAAGAGAUCUCAAAUCACCUCCACAGUCACCAACUCCAACAAAAAAUUGCAACCCUCGCUCCCCAUCUCCCAACAGUAGGUCUCCAUCUCCUGAAAGGUCACUUAGUACUAAGCCACCAUCACCAGAUAACCUGAGUGGAGCACAUUCAGAUAUAAAUUCUCCUGAAAACUCAGCCCCAGCUUCUCCAGCUGGACCAAAAUCUCCCGAUGCUCCUAAAUCACCGAGUGAUGUAGGCUCAAAUAUAGAUUCUCCAGAACGCCCAGAACAAUAUUCUUCAGGGCCUAAAACACCUCAAAGCAGUAGUUCUGCCAAAUCAGUCACAAGGUCCCAACCAGUUUCACCUGAUUCUGCCUCUCAAGCAACAUCUCCUAGAAAUAAUGAAUCACAGCCUCGUUCUUCGUCACCCUCGCCAGAUAGGACUUCAUUAUCACCUCAAAGACCAGUAGUUAGCAAUAAUGAAUGGGAAAAUAAAGAUAAAUGGAGAAGACACACAAAGGCAGAACAGAAAAUGGUUUCUGUACCAAGGGAGAGAAGCCAAUCAGAAUCUAGCCAAUCAAGUAGAAGUUCUACUUAUAAUAAAAGAACAAAUCCUAAGGAUACUGAGGAAAUUUCUGAUGGGGAAAUGGAAUCUGACCAAGAGGAUAGGAAAUCUGAAGCUAGUAAUAAACUAGAAAGUAAGGAAAAGAGCAUAAGCCAUGAAGAUUUAUCUGAUGUGUCAGACUUGGAUUCUGCUGAUGAAAAGUCGUCAAAGCCAAAAUCUAAGAAGCAGGAAAUAAUUAAUGGAGAACCCUCACCAAGGUAUGAAAAAGACAAGGAAACACAUAAAAUGGAUAAGGUACCACAAGAGAAAAUAAGUAACACUGAAGAUGCAGAAGAACAAUUGGACUUUGAAGCGGAAGAAGGUGAAUGUGUUGAGCCAAAACCCAAGGAUCAAUCCAAUGGUGAUAUUGAUGACCAGGUUGCUGAAAAAGAAGAGGAAUUGAAGCCAGGUAAGCGUUCUCGUGGUUCCUCAUUGGAAGAGGGUGAAGUCUCAGAUGAAGCUGAACGACGACCUGAAGAAAGUGAGCCUAAACCUGUCUGCAGAUUCUUCUCGAGGGGAGCCUGUACUUGGGGCGUUAGUUGCAGAUUCCUCCACCCUGGUGUGACAGACAAGGGUAAUUAUAAUAUGUUUGAGGUGGUUCGUGGAGUACCCGCUGGUGGGUUCCCCGCUACGCCCCGGGAUGUUGCCCCACCAGAGUCUGCCUGGGAAAGGGGUCUGCGCACUGCUAAAGAGAUGCUCCGAAUAGCAAACAAACGUAAAGAGCAAGACAUGGAUUUCGAAGAGAAAAAGCUCCAUCUAUCUGUUGGGGGCGUAGUUCACGACCCGGACGCUGAGUUGGCGUACGCGGCCGCGGCCGUCGGCGCCUCACCGCCCCCGAUCCACGAAGCGCCACCGCCACGAGAUUCGGAAGCAUAUCGCGGAGGUUAUGGUGUACCUCCAUUUCGUGGUCGGUUACCUCGUGGAGCGGUUGACGAACGGGAGCGAUACUAUGAGAGAGAGCGUGGCUUUGAGCGUGAACGUACUUUUGAGCGGCCGCCCUAUUUCGAAGAGUAUGGGGUGCCGCCUGAUGAUCCUUCUCAUCAUAAGCGUCGCGUUCGUGCGUCGCGCGAAGUGAUAGUCCAACGGGCAGAGGUCGAACGGCGCGAGGGCAGGGAGGGGAGGGAGAGACGCGAGAGGGAUGGGCGUGGCGACGAGUGGGCCGAUCCUUGGAUGAGGGCCGAGCCCGCUGCCAGAAAGCGGAGGGCGCCAUCUAGUGAUAGCUAUUCGUCCUCCAGCUCUUCUAAUUCCAGCUCGCGAAGUUCUGGGACGCCUGGCACGCGUCGCAAGAGAAGGGCCUCGUCGUCUUCCCGACAAAGACUUUCGCCAUCGGUAAUAGUUCGUGAGCGUCGAUUGGCUAAUGCGCGUGCGACGGCUAUGAAUCCUCCCGCCCCGCGGCGUCGUGCACCUUCCCCUGCCGCUGCAAGGCAACUCGCAGCUAACCCACCAGCCCCGGCCUCACACAGACACAAGGAUGAACCAGAUCCCUAUAAUCGGGGCAAAGCCUCCAGUCGCAAUCGGAAUAGAAAGAAAUAUUCUCGUUCUUCAUCUUCUGGCUCUGAAUCGUCGACAUCUUCUAGCGAUUCUGAAAGUGAAUCUCAUUCGUCGUCAUCUUCGGGCAGUUCCGGAGCGCGACGAGCGAGGCACGCGAGGUUGAUUAACGCCGCUGCCAGGCCAAGACUCAACGCAAAGUCAACGGGCUUAUCCGCAGCUGUCACAGUCACAAACAAAAAGGAGGCAUCUAGUGAAAAAGAAACGGGUAAAAAACGCACAGCGACGUCUCCAGUCGGCGGUGGAGCUGCAAAGAAGUCGGUGUCGAGAAGAGAGGAACUUCUCAAGCAGCUCAAAGCGGUUGAAGACGCAAUCGCCAGGAAACGAUCCAAAAUAUAGUGUUCUAAUAUCCAUAGCGUAGUCUUUAUAUUCAACUCGAAGGUCCUGGGAUAGUUUCAAAUGGUUUUAGCUUCGGCUCGAAAUCUUUCCCUAAGGGGUAAACGUACGUAGUGUAGAUUUAAUAAGUCACAUUUAUUUUUUUCGUCGGUAUAUUAGCUAAUUGUGGCUUAUAGUAUGUUUAUGAGUAGCUUGUUGUAUAGGCGUAAUGCAAAAGAAAACGUUUAAUUAUUAGAUAGUGUGAUGAUUAAAUCAUGCCCUAUACCAGAGUAUUGAGUUGGCAUAUUUUUUCUAAACAAAGCGCAUUUGAUAUUUUUCUAUAAAAAUCUUAGAUUUGAAUCGAUGUAGCAUUUACAGACAGUGAUAUAGAUGGUAGUUGAUUAUACAAUAAUCACACUUGAUUGUGAUUGAUACCAAUGAUGCUAAAAUGAUAUUCAUAAUUAAAUAGGCAAUUAUUUCAUUUGUUUUUUUUUUGUUACUCCGAGACUAGAACCUUAGAGUUAAUUGAAUAAGCUAUGGCAAUCCGCUCUUAGUAAGCGUAAAUGAAAUACAGUCUGUAGUUGCUUUGGUGUAGGUUCACGUCAAACAGGCUUAAAACGUUUAAACUAAUAAAUGGUCGUGCUCUCUCGCUUGCACACUAAUACCAUCUCAUUCACUUGAGUGUCAAUAAAGGCGAACAUACACAAUAUCCAAAAAAAUUGUCUAAUUAAAGUAAAUCUGAUAAUUAAACGUGUUUUAAUAUUGUAAAAUUAUUGUUCUAAUGUUGUUUAUAUAAAAGUUGUUAGAAUACAGAAUGGCCAAUCAAAACCUACUUACUUCAAGGAGACAAAAAAAUUUUUUGAGUCGCAUUUUCGCAUUUUUAGGUAUAUGGCGAAAAACUUUGGUUAAUAGAGACUGUAUAUUUCCGCAGUAUUAUAAUAUAAUUAGCUAGUAAUUUGGUGUUUCCUUUAUACAACAAAUUUAAAUAAAAAAAAUACGCGAAUAUAUUACAUUAUUUUUAUUGUCUGUGUGUAAAGAUCUUCGAAAUAAGUCAUUUGUUAAUCUUGGUAGUUUCCAAACGAUUCGCUUAAUACAUUAAAUCUAUACUACAUAGGUUGUAAUUUUUACCUCCAAAACACAAAAACUUUUAAAACUGUUUUCAACGCCAUCAUUUCAACAAAAAUUUGUAAUCAAAUGAAAAGUCUAGUAUUUGUUGCUCAUUGCGGUAUGUAAGUCUAUGUCGGCAUAUCUUAUAUAGACAACUAAGUAUUAUAUAAGACUGGAAAUCAUUCAAUGUUAUCACAGUGUGAAUAGCUUGUAAUUGUGGAUUUUGUGAAUUGACGAAUUCAAGGAAUAAAUGCAUUAGUUUUGUA